AUGUGUCAUGAGAUCGUGUCGCAGAUUUGUGAUUCUACUGGUGUCCUUGAUAUUGUUCUCAAUUUUGCGCAACAAUCUGAGUCUUUCAAUGGCGUAGUUCUUGAAUACUUCGUAGGAGAGAAUCGGUGUAUCUUCGAGACACAGCCUAUCGUAGAAUGUAACCUCGAAGUAUCUGGAUGUUCUAAUGGAUUUCAUGGUCUAAAAAUGGUCAAAAAGGUUAAAAUGGUUAAAAUGGUCAAAAAUUCAGCCUGGAAAUGGAUGAAAAUGAGUUGA